ACACAACCCAUGGACUGAAUGAACCCCUUAAUAUUGGGCAGAGAGUGAAACAGGACCGUAUUACGCUAAUGACGGAGUCUGAGGUGAGACAUACCUGUGUUUCAGCGCUGAGCUCCAGCGAGAGACGUUGAAGAGUUUAAUUAAAGGGCGGGAACUGCUUCGCGCCUGUUCUCUGAGGGCGGGAAGAGUCUGUCACUGCAGUGUGUGCGCGCGCCCCGACAGCACUGGAUUAUUCCUCUCAUCCGAUCCUACGCUUCUGCUGUGUUUGAGUUGUAACAGCAGUUGUGUGUUCAUCAGCUGAGAGGAUGCGGGUUCGAGCGCUGCUCCUGAUGCUCACGGCAGUCCUCAUCGCGCAUGCGCAAGUGCCGAUGCCCAGAAGGCUUCGCUUCAGAGAGUUGAGCUCUGACAGGCUGAGCGUGAGCUGGAAGGAGCCGAAGGGAGCGUUCGAUGGAUACACACUCGCGUACAGCACUGGCUCAGCAGGAGCCGAGCAUGAGCUGAGCGUGAGUAAGUCUGAGCCCAGAGCCGUGAUCGAGGGGUUUGACCGCAUGAGAGAGGUCAGUGUGAAGGUCACGGCCCUCAGAGGGAAGGAGCGGAGCGAAGCGCUGCAGGGCAGAUACAGCGGAUUGGGAUCGGAGGUGAGUGUCGUCGAGGUUUCGCUCCAUGAACAGGGCAGUGGCGGGUCGAAUGAUGGCAUCACUGGAGGUGAGGAGAAACAGCACUGAAGAUGAAGCUGGUCAGCGAGUCCAUGUACAGUCGCUCUGUUCAUAAAUCGCCUGACUUGUUAAAACCCAUUCCAACG